AUAAAAGCACCGCAGCGGGCGGGGGAGCCUCAUAUUGCUGUGUUGGCGGAGACACGUUACACGUCCACAGUCAACGGAGCCCCGCGCUUUUAGCUCAACUUCGACAUUUCUUCUCUUUUUUAAAAGCUUUUCAACUUAAACUAAAGACAAAAUGCGUGAGUGCAUCUCUAUCCACGUGGGGCAGGCUGGUGUGCAGAUUGGCAAUGCAUGCUGGGAGUUGUACUGCCUGGAGCAUGGUAUCCAGCCCGACGGCACUAUGCCGAGCGACAAGACGAUUGGUGGUGGGGACGACUCAUUUAACACGUUCUUCAGCGAGACGGGCUCGGGGAAGCAUGUGCCGCGAGCCGUGUUCGUGGAUCUGGAGCCUUCGGUGAUCGUUGUGUGUAUGCAGUGUGUGUGUGUGUUGUCUAAGCUGUGUGUGUUUAUUGUAGAUGAGGUGAGGAGCGGCAUAUACAGGCAGCUCUUCCACCCAGAGCAGCUCAUCUCUGGGAAGGAGGAUGCAGCCAAUAACUACGCCCGCGGCCAUUACACCGUUGGCAAGGAAAUCAUUGAUGUGGUGCUGGAGCGCGUCCGCAAGCUCACUGACCAAUGCACGGGUCUCCAAGGCUUCCUGAUCUUCCACAGUUUUGGUGGAGGCACGGGCUCAGGCUUCACCUCCCUGCUGAUGGAGCGUCUGUCUGUCGACUACGGCAAGAAGUCCAAGCUGGAGUUCGCCAUCUACCCCGCGCCACAAGUUUCCACGGCCGUGGUGGAGCCGUACAACUCCAUCCUGACCACCCACACCACCCUGGAGCACUCUGACUGCGCCUUCAUGGUCGACAACGAGGCCAUCUACGACAUCUGCCGCAGAAACCUCGACAUCGAGCGCCCCAGCUACACCAACCUCAACCGUCUGAUCGGCCAGAUCGUCUCCUCCAUCACCGCCUCUCUGCGCUUCGACGGAGCUCUGAACGUCGACCUCACCGAGUUCCAGACCAACCUGGUGCCGUAUCCCAGAAUCCACUUCCCCCUGGUCACCUACUCGCCCAUCAUCUCCACAGAGAAGGCCUACCACGAGCAGCUGUCGGUCGCUGAGAUCACCAGUGCCUGCUUUGAGCCGUCCAAUCAGAUGGUGAAGUGCGAUCCUCGCCACGGAAAGUAUAUGGCCUGCUGCAUGCUCUACCGUGGUGACGUGGUACCCAAAGAUGUGAAUGCUGCCAUUGCAAACAUCAAGACCAAACGCUCCAUCCAGUUCGUGGACUGGUGUCCCACAGGCUUCAAGGUUGGCAUCAACUACCAGCCUCCCACGGUGGUUCCUGGUGGAGACCUGGCCAAGGUGCAGAGAGCCGUGUGCAUGCUGAGCAACACCACGGCCAUCGCCGAGGCCUGGGCUCGCCUGGACCACAAGUUCGACCUGAUGUACGCCAAGCGGGCCUUCGUGCACUGGUACGUGGGCGAGGGCAUGGAGGAGGGGGAGUUCUCUGAGGCCAGAGAGGAUCUGGCGGCCCUGGAAAAAGAUUACGAAGAGGUCGGAACCGACACGGUUGAAGACGAAGAGGAGGGAGAGGAGUACUGAUGAUCUUCUUCAGGAGGUCGGCGUUCACAGUGCCUCUCCAGUGCCAAGCUGCCACCCACAUCUUCACUUCCUCUCAUCUUCUCCCGAAAAUAGGGAGCAAUGGUCUCAUGUCUCUCCUUUCAUACCUUUCUUCUUUUUCUUUGUACGUUUCUCUUAUCCUGUCCUCAGACGGUUCUGCUCUUCAUCCGUGUACGUGUUCUGUUUGUGGUUAAACUGUGUGCUCGAGUUCUUGCCGAGUAUCCAAAUUAAUUUUGGGUUUAUUACAGUUAAAUUCUUUACUGUAACUCUGCUGACUGCCUCAAUGGAUCUGUUGAUGCAACAGAUCGUGCACUAUUCCUAUUCUGAAUAAAUUUCAUUUAAAGAAGAGAA